UUUGGACUGCAAAAAGAAAAUCAGUUUGACUGCCGUUUAGACGCUCGACUCCAUAUAUAUAAGGGAUGUCCAACGAAAGUCUCUAGUCCCGUACGCUUUGCGGUCCGCGUGUCUGGAUUCGAUUCCGUUUGUGUUUCUCCGAAUCUUCGCUGCGAAAGGAAAUUAUGGCAUCUAAUAGGGCCCAAGGUGGAAUCCAACAAUUGUUGGCUGCAGAACAAGAAGCUCAACAUAUUGUCAAUGCUGCCAGAAGUGCAAAAACGGCUAGACUGAAACAAGCCAAAGAAGAGGCCGAGAAGGAGAUUGCUGAAUAUCGUGCCCACGUUGAGCUUGAAUUCAAGAAGAAACUUGCAGCGAGCAGUGGAGAUUCAGGAGCUAACGUGAAGCGACUUGAACAAGAAACGGAUGCUAAGAUUCAUCACUUGAAAACAGAAGCUGCAAGAAUAUCAAAUGAUGUUGUCCAAAUGCUACUGAAGCAUGUGACAACUGUGAGAAACUAAGCCGGCUGGUGGUGAACUUGAAGGAUGCUAUUCAUUUUUCCCUUCAUCGUGGCCCUUCAACGUCAUGUUUGAUGUGGAUAGGGCAGGUGUACUUGUUAUUUGGCAUUUUGUGGGGCACUUCUUAGCAAAUAACUCAGUGUCUACUCUUUCAGAACAAUAAUUUGUCAUAAAUUGUAGUCAUUCCAACUUUUAAGUGAUUCAAUAGCUGUUUGUAACUAGAAGUGGCAUCUUGUCUUGUUAUUGAAGAAGUGAGAAAGUGAUUACUCGUUUUCAAUGUGAAACACAUGAAUAGUUGCUUGCUUUUGUUA